UUCACAAGUGAUGUAAAUAAAAUAAUUUUUUUUGAGUAAUAUUUUAAAUUUUUUUGGAGAUAUUUAAUCAUGGGCUUAUCCAGACAAGAGGUAAACUUGAGAAGGCUGCUAGCGAAGUGCGAAUUAAUGUGUAAGAGCAGAAAAGAAGACGACAGGAUCGAAAAAUAUGUAGAAACUCUAGAAGAUAUGUUGCAAGAAGUAAAAAAGUUGACAGAGUCCAGUGAAUCGAUAAAUAAUUAUUAUAAAAGGAUUAAGGAUAUCAAAAUUGUACUAGGAAUAAGUACAGAUAAAUACAAAGAUGAGCAGAAUUUAGAAAGCCUGAGAAAUGAUUUAUUAGGAUUAAGGCAUAGAAAUGUAGACAAACCCUCUCUGACUGGUUCCGGUGAUUUUGAUAAAGUCAUAGAAUACCAUGAAAGCAUGCAAAGCAAAAUUACCGAAGACAUGUUGUCUUUAACCAGAACUUUAAAGGAGCAAUCGGAGACUGCUAACAAAAUUAUUAAACAAGAUACAGAGGUAGUAUCCAAGUCUACUGAACUUACAGAAAAAAACUUUGGUAAACUCACAACAGAAUCUGCUAAAUUGGCGGAACAUUCGAAAAGAGCCUGGAAAUGUUGGAUGUGGAUUUUGUUGGCUAUAGUAGUAGUUAUUUUUAUUAAUAUGGUUCUUUUUAUGAAAUUGAUGAAGAAAAGAUACUAAAUAAAAGUGGUAAAAGAAAUUUACAUGUUGCUAUUUAUUUAUAUAUUUAUAAUAAAUUAUAUGCCAAUAA